ACAGGGUAGUAGCAUAUAAAAUCAGUAAAUAGCGACCCAGUAGGUUUCUUUCUUUCUUUCUUCAACAGCAGUCCUCUUCUUCAGUUCUUCUUCAUCUCCGAUUCUCUGUCCAGGAAGAAUGAGAGAAAUUGUGACGGUACAAGUUGGAACUUAUGCAAACUUUGUAGGUUCGCACUUCUGGAACUUUCAGGAUGAGUUACUUGGAUUGGCUGAGGACCCUCACAGUAAUGAAGUAUUCAGGGGGCAAUAUCUUGACAUGGAUGUACUAUAUCGUGCUGGCGAAACGCAACAGGGCAUUUCUACAUAUACACCUCGUGUGCUCUCAAUUGGUCUUCAAGGCUCACUUGGGUCCAUGAGUUCGCAAGGUACGUUGUACAAUGAAGAUCCGCCAGUCUCUUUAGAAGUUCCCACAUGGACUGGCAAUAUAUCCACCCAAGCAUCUGAAGCGCAAAAGAAAAACCUGUUCUUGCAAAGUUUAUAUGAAGAACAUACAAAUAAUGACGUCAACAGCCAAAAUAAUGGUUCUAGCAAAAUUCAGGACAAGGACAUGGUUGAAAACCUCGAGAAUGUUGUUCAAUAUUGGACAGACUACUCAAAAGUCCAUUAUCAUCCCAAAAGUCUUUAUGAAUUAAACGGACUAUGGGUGGAACCUCACCAGUUCGACAAUUAUGGUGCCGGAAAGGAUGCUUUUCACGAGGGCUUGAGGGGAGAAGAAAUGACUGAUAGACUCCGUUUUUUCAUUGAAGACUGCGACCAUAUCCAGGGUAUUCAAUUUAUUGUUGAUGAUUCAGGAGCAUAUUCUGGUAUGGCUGCAGAUUUCUUGGAGAACAUUGCAGAUGAAUACUCAAACACCCCCUUAUUACUAUAUGCGGUCAGGCCACCACACACACAUAUAAACCCAAGAAGCAUGAAGGAAAGAAUACUCCAGAACCUUCACGAUGCAGUUUCGUUUUCUAAAUUAUCUUCCUUCACUAAACUAAUUGUACCUGCUGGCUUACCAUCCUUGAGUGGAAGUAAAGCUUCCAAGUUUCUCAGUAUAAAAGACGAGAAACCUUAUCACACAAGCGCAAUUUAUGCAUCUGCUCUACAUUCUCUAUCAUUACCUUUCCGAAUAAGUCCCACUGGCCCAACUGAUGUAGCUUCUCACACAUACGGUGCCUUGUCUAUGGGUGAGGCGAUACAAAUAUUAAGUGGUCAAGCUAGGCAAAAUAUUGUCCAAAUUCUGGAUGUUGCCAUGCCAGCACCUUCCUUGACUGGGGAACAUGGGUAUUCAAGUUUGUUGGCAAAUUUGCAUCCUUUGACCUCUGAAACUGCUGAAGAUGCGGAGGAUAUGCAAGCAACUGAAUCAGUAAUUAUUCAUGGUGCCCGUGGAUCAGAAGGCCAUCCAGCUAAACUUUCUGAAGUGAAGGAUGCAAUUGAAGCUGCUUAUGAACAUGCUUCAACAAGACCUAGAUUUUCUCACCUCUCUAUAGCUUCAUGUCCUCUUCCUAUCCCGCUACCUUUUCCUUCUAUUUUCAGAAACAUGGUUGGCCAGAAUGGGCAGAUCUUAAGUGGACCCAUUUCGGGUUGUAGCCAAUCAAAGGGAUCACUUGAUGUUCAUUCCAUGCCAAUGGCAGCAAGACUUCGAUCUAGCACUGCUGUUUUGCCGUUUCUGGAGAACAGGUUAGGGAAUCUUCGUAGAUUUGGCACUGAAAGAGGUGCCAUGGGGGCAGAGAUUCUCAGGAGCUGGGGUUUUGGAAAAGAUGAUAUUGAUGAAGUGGCGGAGACUCUUUCUCGUAUGGUUAUGAAUCUUGAUCCUCCUUCAGAAGGGUCGUCUGAUUCGGACUGAGUAUGGAUUGUAAUCAGUAGUGGCUAUGUUUUUGGCAUACAUUGUUGGGUUGUUUUUAUUUUUUUCGAAAUGGCGGUUUAGUGGUUUGAAUCUAGAACUGAUGUGAAAUUUAAGAUAGAGUAAUACAAUAAGACACAUAGGCCUUCUUGUGGCUUGCUCACUCAAGACUGUAUUGUAAUGUUUGAUUUUAUUUGAAACAUAAAUGUUAUAA